AUGAAACGGCUCGACCGAACGGAUCCCACCUUCGUGCCGGGGGUGGCAACCUUCGUGACGUUUUUUGUCCCGACGCCGUGGUCGGUGUUCGGCCCCAGCCGCCGCUGCCUCUCCUCCUUCUUCCCGGACACCGAUCCAUGCCUUUUCGACCACGCGGUGCCACUCGUCGCACGCCGUGGCCUCCUUCUCGUGCAGAUUGGUGUCCAUGGCGAUUUCGGCUAUCAAUAUCGCCUUGCCAUGUGCAAUCUGCUUGCGGGCAAAUGCGAUGUGCUUCCCCUAGUAAGUGGUGGUCUGAAUUUCGGCAAAAGCGGCUACGCCAUCCUAACUGGUGCAGACUGCUCCCUAGAGCAGCAACCUUUGUUGUCAUCAUCAGGCUACUCGACCUUCUUCAAAGUGCUAAUCCUCGGCACCAUGUAUGAUGGGCUCGAUCCCUACUUGUACUCGUUCUCAUCCAGAGAGGCCACAUGGAGCAAGCCUAGAAAAAUAACUUUUGGACCCUAUGGGCAGAUGGGUGACUGUGGAUAUCCUGAUGCCGUCGUGUCUCGCGGCAAGGUGCAUUGGAAGGUUGGGUCCUGGUCAGUUGACGUGGACGCUGAGACGAAUCACAUCUCUCGUAUAAUGAUCAAGCCCUCGUUGAGUUAUUCCCGGACGUACGACGAGCCACAACUCACGGUCACCGCUAAUGGGAUGCUCUCGGUGUUAUUGCUAUCGAGGCCGGGUCUCAGGCUAGAGAUCUACACACGACAAGAUGAGAAAAAGAGUGAUCAUGGUGGUACUACCGAGUGGCUCCGUGCCGGCACUACCACAUUGAAACCAUCUGGGCGUAUGAAAAGAAGACCAAGGCCAAUAUGCUUAACCUUGUUAGGAGAUAAAAGUGGCACGAUGCUACUCAAGGAUAGCCAGAAGCAAAUUUAUAUGGCUGACCUUGAGACUGGAGUGACGGAGGAGUUGACUAACUGUUUGGAUGGGUUUAACCGUCGGAAGAUCAUAUUGUUGGAGAUGGACUGGCCUGCGUUAUUCAUUUCACAACUUUCUAGGUGGUAG